GUCUGUUUUUGCUGGCAAUAGGAAACUCUUGGACCUUGGCAUGUUUAUUUUAUCCCUCGUUCCACUCAUUGAGUUUGCGACACAUGGAGAAACUGGUCACGACAUUCUCGCGACAGAGCUCGAUCAAGUCCGCGGAGGAUGUCGAAGCCAGUAAGCCCCCGAAGCCUGCCAACCGAGCCAGAGCCUUGACUCUGCCCCUGGAAGCACCGCAGAGGGUCGGGCUGAAAAGGGUGAAGCAAAAGACCGUCCUCCAGGUGGACUGCGUCCUGUUCCGUCUGCCGCUGGAGCUGCGGCAGCAGAUUUACCGCAUCGUGCUCGGCGGCAAGUGCGUCGCGCACGACAUCAGCGGGAACAGAAUCGGAGACCGGUCGGACCCGUGGCCGCCGUACGAGAGACCUGGCGGAGAGAGGAGAGGAUUGCGGCCCUGGGGCUGGCAGCCGAACAGAAAGACGAACAUCCUAAGCCUGCUUGUCACAUGCCGACAGAUCUACUCGGAAUCGAUCGACACGCUCUACGCAAACAACAUAUUCUACUUCCGGAAUCCCUUCACGAACUGGUCUCUCUCGUCGUGGCGUGUGCUUCCCCAGCGCCUCGAACAGAUCAGGAUCCUCAUCCUGGACGAGACCAUCGGAGACACGAACAUCGUGUUCUCCAACCGGAGGCAGUGGAAGCGCAUGUGGCGCGUCGUGGCCAAGAUGUCGCGCCUUAAGGUCCUCUACCUCAACGUAGACACCCCCUACUCCAAGGCGUGGACCCGGAAUCGCGACUUUGAGAAGCGGCUUCUCUCGCCUCUCGCUGGGCUCUCCAACGUGGAAGAUAUCCUUGUCAUCCUGAGGUGGCUGAAGCCCGUGGACUUGGACGAAAACGAGUACCCACCUCACGUGAGACGUCACCUCUGGAGACAGGAAGAAUACGACCUCCUGGAUAACUUCUACGCUGCCUGCAAACCGGCCGACAUGAGAGAGUGGAUCACGAAGGCUCUUGUUUUGCUGGAAGAAGGAGCGAUAUCUAACGUGCGAGAUAGUUUACUGACCCUCACAGAGUGACGUUGAGAUCAAGGCGUAACUAUGGUGGACUGCACCAUUUCUGCCCGACGCAGGCGCGCGAGAAAAGGGCGAAUCUCUUCCCGCCUUGACCCUGAAACUUUUGCGGCCGUAAGAAAGCACAUUCGUUGCCUCGCGCUGCCGUGUAUAGCGUUAAGCAUGUCUGGGGUAAUAUUGAGCACGGGAAAGACCUUUUAUCCGAGCCAAAGCACGCGACAAAGCGAACAAGAGAGACGUUCAGCUAGUAGUCGCGCAAAAAUGAGAUGACGCAAAAUAAUGAUAUUUGGCAGAUCCAAAAGUCUGUCCACGUCUGCUCGAUUCA